AUGGGUGAAAAACAUUUGCCCACAAGUAUUGUGAUAUUGUUAACAGUCGUCUAUGUGAUUAUAUUUCUUACCGGUAUGCUCGGCAACGUGUCUACCUGCAUUGUUGUGAUGAGAAACAGUUACAUGCACACGGCCACGAAUUAUUAUCUAUUUAGUUUGGCUAUAUCUGAUGUUGUGUCGCUCUUACUAGCCUUGCCACCAGAGCUCUAUUCUAUCUGGGAAGCUUACCCUUGGAGGUUCGGCGAGCCUUUCUGCAUUAUUAAAUCUUUUGUAUUGGAAAUGACAUCAUACGCCUCAGUACUCACCAUCACCGCCUUCACCAUUGAACGUUACUUUGCCAUUUGCCACCCGAUUUUGUCUCAGAAAUUUUCGGAUUUAUCCCGAGUGCUGAAAAUAAUACUGUUGAUAUGGGUGAUAGCUUGCUUGUGUGCCCUACCGUAUCCUCUACACAGCCGGCAGUUCUACUAUCUGUACCAUCCAAACACAAACGAACCUUUGAAGGAUUCUCUUAGCUGCAGCAUUCUUCCCGUGUGGUUGAAAGGCAUGAGCUACAUGUUCCAAGUGUCCACUUUUGUGUUCUUCGUUGCACCCAUGACAAUCAUCACAGUCAUGUACAUUUUGAUCGGAAUGGCGCUAAGGCGUUCAGAAGUAUUGACCAUGAAGGACAGUAAACUGAAUACUACGUCAGCCCCUGCUUCAAAGGCUAGGAGAGCAGUACUCAGAAUGUUAGUUGCCGUAGUGGUGGCCUUCUUUCUGUGCUGGGCGCCGUUCCAUACCCAACGGUUGAUGACGGUGUAUGUACAACCUCAAGACUGGACCGAACAAUUGCUCAACAUCCAAACUCAUAUAUUCUACUUGUCAGGUGUGUUGUAUUUCUUCAGCUCUACAGUAAAUCCUAUUCUCUACAACUUGAUGUCCAGGAAAUACCGACAUGCCUUCAAGAGGACUCUAUGUAGAUGCUGUUUUGGCUCUAACCAAUUGGGAGACAUUAACUUUUUCAAAACCAGAUUUUCUACGGAGAGAUCAACGACGGCUUAUACGAGCUUACGAACCUCGUCCAAAGAAAGAUUAAAGAUAUCCUCUCCUGACGGCGACAAAGCUGCGGUGUCAAAGCUUUAGACCAACCUGACGUCUUUAAAUAACACAUUGUGCCAUGUCUCGGGGUAGUUAAACUAGGAAUUCCCCAGACAAAGAAAAACAAGUUGAAUUUCAACUUAAUGGAGUUCGGUGUUUUUCCGACAGGCUAUUUCGUUCUCAUUCAAUUCGUUAAAAAUACGCACGGUUAAAAAUCAUGUUUUUCAAAAGCAUUCAUAUUGAUUUCGGCUUUUUUGACAAUGCUUUCUUUCCAUGUGUCCCAUUUCGCUUGCAUAGGCCUAUUUUUGAAAAAUAGGAUUGGCACUGAAAAUAGCGAAAUCGUUCAAAGGCAGGCAACUUUAGAA